AUGGGAGAGCGGAGAACCAACCAGUUCAGUGAUUUCAGCUUCUACUGGGAUGACAGCUGAUCCCGUCGAGACUUCGGCAUCGGCAGCACCCCUGCCGUGUGGCAUACGGUCUACAAUCUUCGUUUAAGCCGCCAGUGUUCGCAUUAGUGAUCUCAAGUUAAAAAGUCAUGGCUAUACUUAUGUCGCUAAAGUUGAUGCCAUAACUUAAGAGAAUAAAGUGACACCAUAUCAGCGGCCACGGGUCGGAUGUCUGGUCUAAGGAUCUAACGCACGAUCGUUAUACUUUUCCGCACGAAAACUUGAAAGCGUACAGGGGAUGAGUGAUGGAGGUGGGCUCGGUGGUCCGGGCGGUCUUUGAGUUUCUCCCCAGCGUCUCCGAGGAGCUGCCUCUCUUCGCGGGCGACGUCAUCGAGGUGCUCAGCGUGGUCGACGAGUUCUGGCUGCUCGGCAACAAGGAUGGAGUCACGGGCCAGUUCCCCAGCACCUUCGUGGAGGCGGUGCCCAUCCCCAGUACCAAGGCCGGGGACAGACUGUAUGUGUGCAUCAACGACUUCACCUCCAGCGAGCCCGGGACGCUCGCUCUAAAGAGAGGAGACGUGGUGGCCCCCGACUCCGGGGCCGCCACCCUGGACCUGGGCGCCCCCUGGCAGCGGGGCUGCUCGGCCUGGGGGGCCCGCGGGCUGCUGCCCUCCUCCUGCCUGAAGGAGCUCCAGCUCUCCUCCAGCUCCAGGCUGCUGUCGGAGCGCUGCGCCCAGGCCCAGGCGGCCGACCUGCCCCCCCACGCGCUGGGCCAGGCCCGGGCGCUCAUGAGCCUCCACGCGCAGCUCCACGAGGAGCUGGACUUCCGCCAGGGGGACCUCAUCGUCAUCACGGGCGUGCCCGAGCCGGGCUGGUUCCGGGGGGAGCUGCGGGGCCACACGGGGGUCUUUCCCGAGGGCUUCGUGGAGCUCGUGGGGCAGCUGCGGUCCCCCCUCACCCCCGAGUUCGGGGACCGCCGGCCGGAGCUGAAGUUCACCGACCGCGACCGGAGGCCCAACGGUGGGGCGGAGUACGAAGGGCCGGAGGACGAGGAGGACGAGGAGCAGGAGCAGGAGCAGGAGGAGGAGGAGGAGGAGGAGGAAGAGGACGAAGAGGUGAUGUCCGCAGAGGAGCACCAGCAGGAGGAGUUUGUCGAGGAAGAAGAAGAGGAGGUGGAGCAGGUGGAGGAGGAGCAGGAGGAGGAGGAAGAGGAGGAGGUGGAGGAGGGGGGGGUGUACGGAGUGGCGCUGUACGACUUCCGCGCCAUGGAAGCGGGGGAGCUGGACUUUGACGUGGGCGACCGCGUCCGCGUGGUCAACACUCUGGAGGACGGCUGGCUGGAGGGCGAGGUCAAAGGUCGCCACGGCGUGUUCCCUCACCGCUUUGUGAAAAUGGAGGACAACGGGCUCGCAGCGGCGGUGGAGGCCGACGCCGCUCAGUUACUCCCCGGCGAGCAGGAGCAGGGCUCUGAUUGGACGACGUACGAGGACCACACGGUGUGGGACCUGGACUACUUCGAGCUGGCGGAGAAGAGGAGCACACAGGAAGACGCUAGCCGCGCUAGCGCCGGGCCUAGCACGCGGGCUAGCAACCAGCUGGCGCCCCAGCGGCAGCCCCCCCGGCCGGCCGCCCCGGCCCAGCCAGGACCCAGGAGACCCCGCUCCGCUCCGCCGUCCAGACCCAGGCUGCCGCCGCGGCCUAGCCCGCCGUCACUAGGCAACAGGCGGCAUGUUAGCAUGGGCCCCACCGCCGCCACUAGCUCCUCCGCGGCGGCUAACGGUAAAGGCUCUCCAAAGGCUCCCACACCUUCACCACUACAGCAUCUCAGGCGCAUCCACAGCCUCACGCUGCCCAGCCGCCGGCGCGCCCAGGACACGGAGGCGUACCAGAGGGCGCCAGCAGAGGGCGCCACCACCGGCGGCAACGGGAAGGCGGCCGGCCUUGGCAAGGCGCUGAUCCGCAUCGUGGAGACCCAGCGGCAGAAGAAGAAGCUGACGCGCCACUCGAGCAUCAACGACGUGGACAUGACGGAGCGGCGCACGCCCUCCCCGCGGCCGGCGGGGCGCGGCCGGCUGCCCGGCUCGCUCACCCUGGACGCCCUGGGGCUGUCGGCCGGGGACCUGGAGUCCAAGCUGUCCCAGCAGCUCUUUGAGUUCGAGAGGAGCCUGACGCCGGCCACCGACGACGACCCCGCCGAGGUGUUCCCCGACGGCGGCCGCGACCACGAGGACGGCGACGGCGGCGAGGACCCCGGCGACCGAGCGCGCGUCUCGCGCCACUACUCCAUCCUGGACUACGGCACCGAGGGCGACAUCAUGCGGGGCUCCGCCCCCUCCCCCGCCCCCGCCCCCUCCCCGCCCCGCGGCUUCUUCUCCUCGUCGUCGUCGGCGCUGUCGUUGCUAGCGUCGUCGCUAGGGGAGAGAGGCAGGUCGCUGCGCCCGCCGCCGCCUCGCCCCCGGACCCUCCGCCCGCCGGCCCCCGCGGCGUACAGGCCGGCGCGCCCCGCCCCCCGGGCCCCCGGGCACCGGGCGCCCCGCCCCCCCGCCAGCCACACCCGCUUGUUCUACGAGCCCGAGCCGGAGGCCACGCCCCCGACGCCGUCGUCAACGGAGGAAGGCGGCGAGUUCGGGGACCUGGCGGCGCUCCAGCGCGAGGAGGCGGAGCGCCACGAGCAGGACGUGGAACGGCGACGGCAGGAAGCGGAGCGGGAGCUGGAGAGGCAGGCGGAGGAGGCGGAGAAGGAGGAGAGGCGGAGGGAGGAGGAGCGGCUGGAGGCGGAGGAGCGCGCGCAGGAGGAGUACCGCCUGUUGCUACGGAUACAGGAGGUGGAGCGCGACAUGGAGGAGUACGCGCACACGGCCGACGAGCUGCGCGCCAUGCUGGAGGAGGAGGAGGAGAGGGGAGAGGAGGACGGGGAGGAGGAGGAGGAGGAGCAGGGGGAGGCCCGUCUGCAGGCCAUGGAGAACCUGGAGUUCUGCAACUACACCCUGGAGACCCUCACACUGGAGCUGCAGCAGCUGCAAGAGAUGACCCUGCUGUCGGCUGAACGCAAGUGCCUGGACUCCAGCCCUCUGUCGGACACGGCCCCCGCCACCGCCUCCGCCCUGGCCCCCGGCGGCCCCGCCCCCUCCCCCGGGGCCGAGGACCCCGAGCUGAGGAUGAUGGAGAAGCGGGAGAAGGUGGUGGAGGAGCUGCUGCAGACGGAGAAGGACUACAUCAAGGACCUGCAGAUGUGCGUCAGCGAGAUCGUGGAGCCGCUCCAGCGCAAGCAGGUGCAGAACGUGGACUAUGACGGCCUGUUCGGAAACAUCGGCUCGGUCAUCGACCUCUCACAGCGGCUCUUCCGCGAGCUAGAGGAGACUGACUCCAUCGGAAAGGUAUUUCUGGACUUUAAAUCUGAGCUUGAGGACGUGUACAAGAUCUACUGUCAGAACCACGACGACGCCAUCGCUCUGCUGGGGACCUACGAGAAGGACGAGAGCAUCCAGCGGCACGUCCUGGAGUGUCUGGAGAAGCUCAGGGCUGUCUAUCGAGCGUGGGGGAAGACCAACUACAUCAACCUGGGCUCCUUCCUCAUCAAGCCGGUGCAGAGGGUGAUGCGCUACCCCCUGCUGCUCAUGGAGCUCCUGGGGGCCACCCCUGAGGGCCACCCCGACCACGCCCAGCUCUCGCUAGCCCUGCUGGCCGUCAAGGAGAUCAACGUCAACAUCAACGAGUACAAGCGCCGCAAGGACCUGGUGAUGAAGUACAGGAAAGGGGACGAGGACACGCUGAUAGACAAGAUCUCCAAGCUCAGCAUGCACUCCAUCAUCAAGAAGUCGAACCGUGUCAGCAGCCACAUCAAACACCUCACCGGCAUGUCCCCCCAGGUCAAGGACGAGGCGUUUGACGAGGCGGAGAAGAGGUUCCGUCUGCAGGAGAGGCUCAUCAAGUCCUUCAUCAGGGACAUCUCCCUCUACCUGCAGCACAUCCGCGAGUCGGCCUCGGUCAAAGUGUUGGCGGCCAUCAGCUUCUGUGACAUCUACACGGACCGCAGCUUCAUGGACCCCGAGUGCUUCCAGAGAGCUCACCGCUCCAUCAGCGACAAGCAGUUCACCCACUUUAAAGAGCGCACGGAGGCCCUCGUCACGGGGCCCCUGAACCAGCUGCUGCUCAUGUUCGCCGGGCCCCACAAGCUGAUCCAGAAGCGCUUCGACAAGCUGCUGGACUACGACGGCUGCAAGGAGCGCGCCGAGCGCAUGAAGGAGCGCCGCGCCCAGGAGGAGCUGCGCGCCGCGCGCAACAACUACGAGGCGCUCAACGCCCAGCUGCUGGACGAGCUGCCCAAGUUCCACACGGCGGCCGAGGAGCUGCUCACCGGCUGCGUGCGCGCCUUCGCCCGCGCACAGAAGGACUUUGUGAAGCGGACCCUCGGCGAGCUGAAGCCCCUGCUGCAGGUCUCCAGUCUCUGCAGCACGGAGGGGAACCUGGUGUCGGUGUUCCAGGAGGAGUACACUCGCGUCCUGAAGCUCCUCCAGAGCUUCAGCUUCUGCCCCGAGAAUCUGCCCGCCUCCUCCUCCACCACCACCGGCACCUCCACCUCCAUCUCCUCCUCGUCCUCGUCCUCCACCAUGCGGAAGACCUUCGACAAGAAGCCCAUGGAGAAGCAGAACUCCAAGAAACAGCUCCAGGGGCCGCCCAACUACAUCCCCCAGACGGACGAGCAGCGCUCGGGCCUGCUGGCGCGCUACACCCCGGAGAAGCUGUUCCGGGCGGAGAGGAACUUCAACGCGGCGCAGGACCUGGACAUGUCGGUGAUGGAGGGCGACCUGGUGGGGGUCAUCAAGCAGCAGGACCCCAUGGGCAGCAACAACCGCUGGCUCAUUGACAACGGAGUCACCAAGGGCUUCGUGUACAGCUCCUUCCUGAAGCCCUACAACCCGCGCCGCAGCCACUCGGACGUGUCCAUCGAGAGCCAGUCGUCCAACGAGUCGGGCUACGGCGGCUCCUCCCCCGUCUUCUCCCGCCAGAACAGCACCAGCACUUUGACCUUCAACCAGGAGGCCGCCACCGUCAGCUUCAGCGCCGCCCAGCCCUCGCCGCAGCCCUCCAUCGACUCCGCCUCCGUCACCGGGCGUCGCCACCGACGACGGGACGAGCCCGCCUCCUUCGACCCGACCGGGAGCGCCUCGGCUCCUCGGAGGGAAUACCCCCCGGAGCACGCGCUGCGGGACGCCACCGACGCCGCCGUCGCCGCGGACGACCGCCACAGGCACGCGGCGCAUCACAGAGACUCCCAGGAGCGCCCGGGUCGGGCCGCGCCCGCCAAGGCGCCCGAGCCGUCGCCCACGGACGCCCCUCACAGCCGGAGCAGCGGGAGUUUACAGCGCUACGCUCAGGCGGACGCGGGUCCCGGCGGCGGGAACAACGGCGGUGGUUCCUCCCGGGGCCGUAGCCAUGGCGACAGCGGCGGCAGCCUGAGGGGGAACGCGUACGCCCGGGACGUGGAGUACAUGGAGCCGGAGCUGGAGCCGGAGGCCGAUAAGGAGAUAGACGGACACCAGAUCUACUACGCCCUCUACUCCUUCAGCGCCCGCUGUGCCAACGAGCUGACAAUCGCGGCCCACGAGCGCGUCCGCAUCCUCGAGUUCCACGACAUGAACGGCAACGGCGAAUGGUGGCUGGGGGAGGCGGGCGGUCGCCGCGGUUACGUUCCAUCCAACUACAUCCGCAAGUCCGAGUACACUUGAGGAAGGGGGCGGGGCCGGUGACGCCUCGGUUAGAUUCCCGACGGGACGCCUACGUUCCGCCAGAGGCUCUGGGCGUGCGUGAGCGUGCACGUGAGGGGGAGCGUGCACGUGAGCGAGCCCUGGACGCGAAGCUGUCGAGACAGUUUGAGCGGGAGUGGAAAGUGCCGCAGCACUACAAUUGAUCACAUGACUUCCGAACGCCUUCCUAUUGGACCGUUUUGGGACCUGAUGUUGUUGCUGAUAGUUCGCUAGCCAGACUUCUCUUUAUUUUUUUAAGGAUUUGGACCGAGUGCUCUCACCUGCCAGUUGGACAGCUAGUGUUCUACAUGCCUAUAUUUAUACAAAAACAACCUUGUUUUAUGAUGCAGUCUUUUUUUAGUAGCUGGGAUCUCUGCGUAUCCGACCUGUUUUGUACCAGGUGACAAACCCGUAGGGAUUCGUCCGCAGGAAGUCCCUCACCACUAUGUCCACUACAUGUAUAUACAAGAAGAGCGAGAGAAGAACAAAAUGGUGUGAAACAGGAGAAUGAAUCGAACAAAAAAAGCACGUGUGUGUGUGUGUGUGUGUGUGUGUGUGUGUGUGUGUGUGUGUGUGUGUGUGUGUGUGUGUGUGUGUGUGUGUGUGUGUGUGUGUGUGUGUGUGUGUGUGUGUGUGUGUGUGUGUGUGUGUGUGUGUGGUGGGUCCUGACCUGUUUUGAGCGUGCACUUUUACUUUGCACGUACAACAAGCUAGAGGCUUGUGUCAGCAUUUCCACAAUUCCCACAGAUCUAAAGAAAUGCAUCUUAAAAAAUGGUUGAUUUUUGACUGUGAAGUCAUGGUUUACAAAAGCACUCUUUGAAUCUAUAUCGUUGAUCUCCAUGAGAACGGGGGCUGACCUUUUGUAAAGUAAACAGAUGAUGAGGUGUGUGGCAUAUAUAUAUAUAUAUAUAUAUAUAUAUAUAUAUAUAUAUAUAUAUAUAUAUAUAUAUAUAUAUAUAUACGAUUAAAGGGAGGAGGUCGACCAAUCAGGAGGCCACAUUGAUCCCUUGUUCACUUUACUUAUUUGCAUUCUAUAUAAAGCUCCUUGUUGAGACUGUAUUUCUGCACUCCCAUGCCAAGCUAUCACUGUUCGAAUAAAAAAUAUUAACGGAAAAAAAAGUGUGUUCAUGAGUCAAUUGUGUCUUUAACAAUUUGUAUUUCAGACAUAUGGAGGACUAUGCUUUUUAUUGCAAAAGUAAAUUUACUAGUCUGCUAUCUUGGCCACGAAUCCCUUGAAGACAAGAUAUUAUUUCUCAAUGGGACUUUCCUGGAUAAAUAAAGUUCAAAUAAUUAAAUAAUUGUGGUCGUGGAAGCGGGCGGUAUCAGUUUUAAAGCCACACAACUGCAGGUAGCACGGAGGUUCCCCAAUGGUCCUGCUGAGCUGUCCAGAGGGGACUGUCCUCAUCAUCAUUCUCUCCAUCAUUGGGUUCCUGGUGCGGCCGCUCAUAGCACUGUGGGCCGUCUGUAUCUGGAAACCAGGUUUCUGAUGUAGGUACUGUAUAUGCCGCUGGCAAUGACUUGCUGUUUUGUAGAUAUGUUGCAUACGUAUGUAUCAAGUGUGUGUGUAUUCACGUCUUCUCCGUUGUCUGUGUCUUGUGCUGGGUGAACUAUACCAGCAGAAAAAUAUUCGAUUUUAGUGGUUAAGAAAUUCAAGAUUCAGAUCCCUUUACUAUCCCUUGGCUACUGGUAACCGCGGUCUCUCCAGUUCGAUUCUUCAUCUGUUUACUUUAUCCAGUAUUUAACGUUUUACGUCUUUUUGCGACUCCAAUUUGAAUUGCUCCGUUGUUCUCCUCCUCAAUUAAAAGUCUCUUUGGAUGAAAGUUUCAAUGACAUUAUAACCGUAACUGUUAUAAUACACUGCCUAGUUUGACUGGAGACUUCUCCUGUCGCUUUAGACUUUUCAAUGUCUGUGUUUAGUAACAUCUUUUUGAGGUCAACAUAUUUUGUUAAAAAGUGUGUUUCCACUCUAAAGUCCCUAAGGUGUCCGGACUUACAUCACUGGCGAUCUCUCUGGAGGCUUUAGCGGUCUGGAAGGGGAUGGCGUCCAACCUCAAGUCAUACCCCAGGGACAUCCCUUGGUCUGCGGACGCCUUGUGUGCUUUCUACACAGAGAGAGAGACCAAACGGGUCAGGACCACAGCGGGAACACUGAGCAGUGUGACGAAAUGUGAUCAGAUUUCAUAAAUUAUGAAUGUGGACCUUUAUUUUGCCUCUGGAAUGAGUGUGGAGUUCGGGACAGCAUUAGCAUUGUCCUAACAAGCUAGCAACAUUUGCUUGCUGGCAAAGCUAAAUUAAUUAAUAACUGUACUGAGAUAUCAUGAGAAAAUGAGAAUUGAAUUUGUUCAUAAACCAAUAUCAUUGUACUAAGCAUAACAUACACAUUUAUAAAUAUAGUAAAUUUGUAAUUUUUAUAAUUUCAUUGAUAACUGCCAUCAGCUGGAACUAAUUCAAUGGUUGAGCAAAACACGGCAUGGUACUUUGACUUUGUGAACCUUGAGUCUCUGUCCCCAGGUUACAGUAGUGAGGGUUCUUUACCUCACUGCACGGCUGAUAGCUGUUCUUAGCGUGGACCAUGUCUGGAGAGUCCGUCACCGAGGUGAACGUCAGACGGUCAGAAGGCUGACAACACUUCUUCUGCAGGGAACCCAAGCCACAAAGAAGAAGAGGUUAUGAAAUCUAACCCACAACCUACAACCUACAAGUAGGACAUUGCAGACCCAAACUGCAGCACAAAGCACACCUAAAUGUUCACUAUCUUGUUAAAAGUUUAUCUGCUAACCACAUUGUUCCUCUUUUGGCAUGUGAACCCAUGUUUAGAUCUGAAAAGUUUUGUGACCCCACCUGGCAUCAUGUUCCAUACAUUGAUCCAACUUCUGAAUAUCCAGACUAUGAAAUAUCAAUGUCUAAUAAACACAUUGCACUACACUAACUAGUAGUUUUCUGUGAGCUGUAGUGGUCUG